UAAUGAUGAUUCUUUGGCUUUUCUUUCUGAAUGUUGUGGGUUCAGUUCAGUGGCUCAGAGAGAUAAAAAAAAGGUUUGGAAACUUAAAGAGAAUGGAGAGUGAAACCGAGACUUCAUUGUCUUCUCAAAGCUCAGGUAUUUCUGAAUUCAGUGACGAAGAUGUAUCUUUGAUGGAACUCGGAUCUGGGAAUUACGGCUGCUCACAUUAUAGGAGGAGAUGCAAGAUCAGAGCACCCUGUUGCAGUGAGAUUUUCGAUUGCAGACAUUGCCAUAAUGAAGCAAAAAAUUCCAUGGAAAUUGAUCCUCUUGAGCAACAUGAUCUUCCACGCCAUGAAGUUGAAAAGGUCAUCUGCUCCCUAUGCAGUACAGAACAGCAUGUUCAACAGUAUUGCAUUAGUUGUGGUGUUUGCAUGGGGAAGUACUUCUGUGCGAUAUGCAAGUUCUUUGAUGAUGAUACUUCAAAGAUCCAAUACCACUGUGAUGAAUGUGGAAUCUGCAGAACUGGAGGCAAGGAAAAUUUCUUCCACUGCACAAAAUGUGAAUGUUGCAUUUCUAAGUUAAUGGAAGAUGGACAUCAUUGUGUGGAAAGAGCAAUGCACCAUGAUUGCCCUGUUUGCUUUGAGUUUCUGUUUGAUACGCUGAAAGGGAUUACUAUCUUACGUUGUGGACACACAAUACAUCAUGAAUGUGUGGAAGAGAUGAAGAAACAUUUUCGGUACUCAUGCCCCAUCUGCUCGAAGUCCAUCUGUGAUAUGUCCCUUGUGUGGGCAAAGCUUGAUCAAGUGAUUGCCUCAACUCCAAUGCCUGAAAUAUACCGGAAUAAGAUGGUCUGGAUUCUCUGCAAUGAUUGUGGAGCAAACUCUCACCUCCCAUUCCAUGUUGUGGCACAUAAAUGCCUGAGCUGCAAUUCAUACAAUACUAGACAGAUACAAGGAGACCCGACUGCGUCCUGUACAUCGAGGGUGGCCGAGCCGAGAUGGUGAGCUGAGACAACAGUUGAUCAAGCCGAUAUGCUGGUUGAUCAAGAGUCUCUCAGAUUAUCAAACCAUUCUUUUCCAGGGGGAGACAGCUCUUAUUGGGCAUCGUUGGUGGAAUGUAUAGCAAGUUAUAAGGCUUGUGAUCUCAUGUCCUGAUAGGGUGCAAAGCUUGUCUUGUCAAUUUUCGAUCAUAAAUGUCAUUUUCCCUUCUUUCAUUCUUUAAUAGCUUUGUUUCCUUUUAGUGGUUAUGAAAGAAACCAACUUAAUUUU